UAUAAUACACUACUACUCCAUAUAUAGAGACACACAAACACCUUCACUAGAAAAAUUUCAGAUUCACAGAGACAUAAACACAAACACCUUCACUGCAAUUCUCAAAACACUGCAAAAUGACGAAACAAGAUGAAGGAUUAACAUUAGAACUCAUACGACAACAUCUCCUCGAAGAUUUCACAACUACAGAAUCAUUCAUCAACAGUCUCAAUUCUUGUUUUUCCGAUCACAUCUCCUCCUCCGAUGACAUCUCCCCUGUUUUCACUUCAGUAAAAACAGAGCCAUCUACAUCCAAUUCCCUUUCAGAUUCACCCAAUUCCUCAUACCCAAAUGAACCCAACUCACCAAUUUCCCGUUACUUCAAUCUCCGCUCCGAUUUCCCUGAAUUCAAAAUCGAUUCAGAUACCAUCCUCAGUCCAGUUUUCGACUGCUCCGCCGGUUCUAACGAAGACAAUAGUAAGAAGAAGAAUUACAGAGGGGUAAGGAGAAGGCCAUGGGGGAAAUUUGCGGCGGAGAUAAGAGAUCCAAGUCGAAAAGGAUCGAGGAUUUGGUUGGGUACUUUUGAUACUGAUAUUGAUGCUGCUAGAGCUUAUGACUGUGCAGCGUUUAAGAUGAGAGGAAGAAAAGCUAUUCUGAAUUUUCCGUUGGAUGCCGGAAAAUCUGGUGCUCCGGCGAAUAUUGGCCGGAAAAGGAGAAGAGAGAACAAGAUGGAGUUGGUGUAGAUGACUAAUUUGUAAUUUGUGUUAAAGUAUGUUAAUUACUUAAUGCUCUUCUAAGUGAUGUAUUAAAAACUCCAUUACAUCAUAAUUAAUAGAGCUUCCCCCCCCCCCCCCCC